ACCAAACUAGUAACCAAAAGGCCAUCUACUGUCCAAUAAUUUCAAUUAAAUUAUCAUGGACUGAGAGAGUGAUUUAUAUAUAGUAACUUGGGACGUAUACAUGUUUUGUAAUCAGCAUUUCCAUUCCAGUUUAUCAUAUGAUUUAUGUUGGAGUAGUACUUUAAGAAAUUCAUGUCGAAGAAAACUGUAGUGUCAGUGGAACUAGUCUGCUCAAAGUGCAGGCAACGGGUGAUGAAGUUGAUUGCCAAACUAGAAGGGAUAACUUCCGUUGUCAUUGACCCAUCAAAGAAAACGGUAACUGUCAUCGGUGAAGCUGAUCCUGCGAAGAUCAUCAAGCAGGUUAGAAAAUUCAGGAAAACUGCAACAAUCGUAAGUGUAGGGCCUCCCAAGGAGGAUAAGAAGGAUGAGAAGAAGGAUGAGAAGAAAGAUGAGAAGAAAGAUGUCAUUACUUGCUCUACGAAACCAUGUCAACGUUGCGAUGUUUGGUACGUGGUCUGGGACGAUGCUUAUAGUCAUUGUCCCAUUCUGUAACUCAGACUGAGUCUGAGUCAACCAUGUUUUCUGAAUCAUGCUCAUUAGUCUUGGUUAUAUUUUCGUCUAAUUCAUGCAUUUCAAAAUAUUUGAUCAGCCUUCAGCCAAAAAUUUCUCUGGGGCCUCUGUUUUCCUGCAUAUGCAUACCACUUUCAUUGUUUUCAUGUCAAAUGAAUUUAGCAAUAUGUAUUUUGAACGUGGAUUUUUUUCUCUUUGAAUGCUAAUGGGUUAUACGGGUGUUCAUCACUUGGUUUGAGUUAAA